CAGUACAGAGCCCUUGUAGUUAAAGCGAAAAUCGCUAACCCUAUUUGCCUCGCCGGAAGUAGAGAGACAGGAAGGCGCUAGAGUAUCCGGUCGCCUUGAAAGAAGCUUCUAGAGGCCGGAAGUACGUUGUAAUGCUUUGCUUGAGCCGUCUUCGAGGAAGAAGGAGGUGGUCGACUCGACUGAGGCACUUGGGGUUUGGUAUCGGAGUCGGCUCCUAGUUGUGAUGCUUGGAAGCACGCUAAAAGGAGCUCAGAGAGCGGAAGGGACGGGGGGGCCUGGGAUUGCCGCCGUCCCGCCCCCUGUUGCAGGUUACAUAUACCGAAUAGUUCAGACGACUGAGAUGGAUGGAAAAAAACUUCUGAAGCUACUUCCAGUCUCAAAAACUUUGGGAAAUGCUGGGCCCUCAAUUCAUUCUCCGGUUGUGUCUGAUAAUACAAAAGUAAAUGCCUCAAUUCCUGGUCAUAUUCCUUUGAAGACUGUGUUCUCAAAUAGUACAUCUUCACUUGUUAAGAUCCCUUCACUUCUGACAGCCGCACCUGGAACAUUAAUUCUCCAAAAACAGUUGGAUAAAAUGGAACUUGUGAAAGUAACCUCUGUUGUAAAUGAGAAUCCACCUGCAACAAGAGCUUCUGCCAUUCAAAAUAAUUAUCUGUCAGCUGAUAAAUUAUCCUUGCAAAAGGAUGCUGCUUCAGUUUCAUCAGUCAAGAGCAAUAUUUUAAUGAAUACAAACAAUCUUCCAGUAACUGUUGACUCUUCAGUACUGCCUUCUGGGCAUCAUCUCCAAAUACCAGCUAAUGCAGAAGUGAAGUCUGUUCCAGCAUCUUGUUUGCCUCCAUCUAUCCAACAGAAAAUACUGGCAGUUGCAGCUGCAAAUGCCUCUGUAACAUCUGAAGCUGCAAAAACACCGAAUGUUAUUUAUGUAUCACCCGUGAAAACAGUGAAAACACCUAUUUCCAAAUGCUUGCAAAAUAUAAAUCCAACAUCUGCUGCAGAAAUUUCAAAACCUUUAGCACUGACAACUGCACAGAUAGCAGUCAAUAAUUCCAGUUCAGAUGCAGUAACAUGUAAUAGCCAGAAUCUCCAGGAAGCGCCUAUGAAAUGGGUUGUCCAAGAAAACCCACAGUCAUUAAAAUCCUGCCUUGUUCCUGUAAAGUCAUCAAAUGAUAUGGCAUCAAGGAUUUUAAAAACUUUCGUUGAUAUGAAACAUUUAAAAAGCAACCCUGCUAGCGUCCUGCCUGCCUGUUCCGAUAGCUUGAGUGAAAGCCAAGUCAAGUUAACUUCUGUUGAAGAUAAUGCCCUGGUGAUGUACAAUGGGAAAAUCUAUCUGCUGACAAGAAAAAGAUCCAGUUCUGGGUCAGCCCAGGAUGACAAACAAACAUCAGCUGCUGCUGAUACACCCUUCAGAAAACAUACAUCACAUGUAACUAAUUCAACUGCAGAUAGCAUAAUAAGCAAUCAAGUUGUCGAUCUAGUGUUGUCAAAAAAUAAAGGGGUUGCAAUUAAUGUGAAGGAUUCAAUGUUACGUGAGAAUAUAAAACCUCCUGAUCUGAACAAGAACUUAAAUGUUACACCUGCUUUUUCAACAUCACCACAUGGGCAUCUGGAAAGAAGCUGCACCAGCCAACAGGGGGCCAUGUCAGCAUCAGAAAAUAUUCCAGUUGGAAUAGAUAUUGAUAAUAAAACAGUGACAGAAGAAAAUUUGAACAGCAACAACUCACAGAAAAUUCUUUCUCCUAAGACUUUUGCUUUACAAUCAUCUACAAAUCAUGGUGUUUCCAAAAAGGAAGAACAGAAGAUUGAAAAAAUAAACUUCUCAGGAAUGGCUGUCCAGAUCAAAGACAGGAAAGUGCAACACAGAAAACAGUACACUGAGAUCAGAAAGAAAUUUGGUCUGUUCAAAGAGGAGAGAGUAUACCUUAGCAGAAUACCUUUACUAAAUUCUGCUAUAAAAACAGAAGAGACUGAGUGUUCCAGUAAUGUACAUAUGGAUGACUCUUGCAAAUUUCUCCAGGAAGUAACUGUGAAAACUGAUCCUGAAGAAGAGGAAAUGAUAGUUGGGAAACAGGAAUCAAACAUAAAGAGAAACCCAAAACUACCAGAACCAAUGAUAGAAAAUGCAAAGAGGAGGAAAAUCUUGGGCCCAAGUUUAGCUCGUGAUGAUUUUUCUUCAGUAAUGGAUAACCGAAGUAGCCCUUGGAGACAAGUUAUAUCACAGCAAGAAAACCCUACAAGCUCACUGCAGUUUUCUUCGAUUGGGGGUUCUGACCCAAAUCCUUGUGUUCAAAGUAGUGAAAAGAGUGAAGCUUUGUGUCCUGCUUUAUGUAACAUUAACAACGAACCCUCUUUUAGUUCAGGUUCUCUUGGAGAAGACAGUUUUCUGCUCAGUCCUCCAGACUUGGAAGAAAUGAUAAAAGAUGAAAAAAUAGAAAGACUUAAACUCCUCCUGAGGCAACAGGAGGAAGCUCUGGAGGAGAUGCGCAAAAAGAUGCAGAUUUGAGAAAACUAGCACAUAGUAUAGACAUUUUACUAUUAUGUGAACAGAGUAAUUGUUUCAGAAAUGGAAAGAAUUGUUCAAAUGGGGUGACUGUAAUUCCCGUUAAAUUCAGUUGAUGACAAACUGAUAAACUAUUCCAUAAUGUAAAAGCUAUUUUUUAAAUAAGUCAGAUUGUAAAUUUAAUUUUUUCUAAGUUAGAAUUGUUUUUCUACUUUCUAUUAGAACAAUAUAAUCAACCAAUUAAUAUCACUGUCUCUUUUCCUUAAAUCCACCUUCCUCCUUUAAAGGGUAUAUUUGAUCCUGUUCAUCUAGGUAUAUUUUUAUUAUCUUGUUGGAAUAUAUUUGAUGAAAAUAAAUUCAAAGAUGUGUCUUGUAUUAGUGAAAUGGA